AUGUCAACAAAUGGUGACUCCCUCACCAUUGAUGUCUACCACCAAGCUGUAUUUUGUUCUAAUCCCUUCGUUUACUUCCAUCAUAAGAAAGCAUCUCUUACAAAUCUAGACGUAUGUAACAUGGAUUUCAAGGUCUUCAAGACCUACCUCCAAAAUUUGAUCAAUAAUAGAUGUCGGGAUGUGUAUUAUUGUCGUAAAAAUCGGUCCCUCGUGGAUGGGUUGAGGGAGCUCAGAGAUGAAGAAGCUAUUGAUAAGGUAAAAAAACAUCUUAUUCACGAUCCAUUUUGCCCCUGUUAUUCAAACUAUGUAAAAAUAGACCAUUUUGCCCCUGCUAUUAAACCUGUUCUUAAAACUGCGUAA